CGCGGGGGGCGUGGGAUGGGGGAGACAGAGGAGGGGGGCACACGCGCCGAUUAGAGCCAACCGCACACGUCAAAAGGGUGUCAGGGCUGUGCUUGCCUCCCGCGCCCCGGGAACUUCAAAGCGGCCCGCGCUGUCCCGGCCACGUCGCUCCGCUCCGGGGCCUCGCAGCCCCGGCAGCCGCCUGGUGGCCAUGACCCGAGCGCUGCACGCCGCGCUCCGCCAGGCUCUCCUGCUGAUCGCCGCCGCCGCGCUCUCGGCAGGAUUGAAGUGUGUGUGUCUUUUGUGUGACUCUUCAAACUUUACCUGCCAAACAGAAGGAGCAUGUUGGGCUUCAGUUAUGCUAACCAAUGGAAAGGAACAGGUGAUCAAGUCCUGUGUCUCUCUCCCGGAAUUAAAUGCUCAAGUCUUCUGUCAUAGUUCCAACAAUGUUACCAAAACCGAAUGCUGCUUCACAGAUUUUUGCAACAACAUAACUCUGCACCUUCCAACAGCAUCACCAAAUGCCCCAAAACUCGGACCCUUGGAGCUGACCAUUGUUGUUACUGUGCCAGUUUGCCUCCUGUCCAUAGCUGCAGUGCUGACAGUAUGGGUCUGCCAAGGCCGACAGUGUACAUACAGAAAGAAAAAGAGACAGAAUGUGGAGGAGCCCCUCUCUGAGUGCAAUCUGGUAAAUGCUGGAAAAACUCUAAAAGAUCUGAUUUACGAUGUGACCGCCUCUGGAUCUGGCUCUGGUCUACCUCUGUUGGUUCAAAGAACAAUUGCAAGGACGAUUGUACUUCAGGAGAUCGUAGGAAAAGGGAGAUUUGGUGAGGUCUGGCAUGGACGAUGGUGUGGGGAAGAUGUGGCUGUGAAAAUAUUCUCUUCCAGAGAUGAAAGAUCUUGGUUUCGCGAGGCGGAAAUUUACCAGACGGUUAUGCUGAGACAUGAAAACAUCCUUGGUUUCAUUGCUGCCGACAACAAAGAUAACGGAACUUGGACUCAGCUUUGGCUUGUCUCCGAAUAUCAUGAACAGGGCUCCUUAUACGACUAUUUGAAUAGAAACAUAGUGACAGUGGCUGGAAUGAUCAAACUGGCCCUUUCGAUAGCUAGUGGUCUGGCCCACCUUCAUAUGGAGAUUGUUGGUACACAAGGUAAACCUGCUAUUGCUCAUCGAGAUAUAAAAUCAAAGAAUAUCUUAGUGAAAAAAUGUGAAACUUGUGCCAUAGCAGACUUAGGAUUGGCUGUGAAGCAUGACUCAAUACUGAACACUAUCGACAUACCUCAGAAUCCUAAAGUGGGAACCAAAAGGUAUAUGGCUCCUGAAAUGCUCGAUGAUACAAUAAAUGUGAAUAUCUUUGAGUCCUUCAAACGAGCUGACAUCUAUUCUGUUGGUCUGGUUUACUGGGAAAUAGCCCGAAGGUGUUCAAUUGGAGGAAUUGUUGAGGAGUACCAGUUGCCUUAUUAUGACAUGGUGCCUUCAGAUCCCUCAAUAGAGGAAAUGAGGAAGGUUGUUUGUGACCAGAAGUUUCGACCGAGUAUCCCAAACCAGUGGCAAAGCUGUGAAGCACUCCGAGUCAUGGGGAGAAUAAUGCGCGAGUGUUGGUAUGCCAAUGGGGCAGCCCGCCUAACCGCCCUCCGUAUUAAGAAGACUAUUUCUCAACUUUGUGUCAAAGAAGACUGCAAGGCCUAAUAAUGACAAUCGUGUAAAAAAGAAAUCUCUCACAGCUUUCUUUCUCAUUUUCCCUCUUUAUGUGAAUGUUUGCCUUUUUUGUUGUUGUUCUACCUCAAAGAUAUUACAGUACAGUAUUUAAGUGCCCAAAGGCAGCAUGAAAAAAUAACUCUCAAGUCAAGCAUGGGCAGGAGCUGACUUCAUCCACUCUCUGUGUUGUCUUUAAUUUUAUUUUGAAAAGCAAUACAUUAACUCAUCUUUUUAUUUAAUAAGAAGGAUAUUAUAAAAGUGUGAAAUAAGCUAUAUAAAGAUAAUAAAAGUUAUUAAGGUUUUAUUUUACUUGAAUCAAGAGCAUAUGAAUGAAUAGGAAACAAAAAGGUAAAAACACAUUUUUUUCCUGAGAUAAAAACACAUUCAUUAAAAAUGUGAACUAGAGCAUGUUAUGUCUAGACAAAACUUUAGAUCAUACCAUCUAUGGUUUUCUCUAUUUCUUUUAAUUAAGUAGAAUCUUUUAAAAAAUUAAAUAUUGCUCUGAACUUUAGUAUAUAAAACAAGUAAAAAUGGCGCUGCUUGGUUGGAAGAUAGAAGUGAGGUCAGAGGUCACUUACUUGGUCUCCCCUCCCCCUGUGUCCCUACUCCUCAUAAUCCACCACCACAGCAGCCUCUCAGGCAAACAGUUUGAAAGCCACUAAAAUUGUUUCUUCCUCUCAUUUACAAAUGAGAUACGUGACAUCUUAAGGCAUUGAGAAAUGUUCCAAAGUCACAUAGCUAAUGGUAGAGCCGGCAGUAGGUCCAAAUCCUGUGGUAAUCCACACUGUGGAGUUAGCUAGCUUCCUACUUUCCCUUUAAUUCCCAUAGUGCUUUUCUCCUUAUGCAGAAACAACAACUUUCAUCAUGGUAUUUGUGCUUUGGUCAAACAGAAGACAAAUUGAGUUAUUUUGCUGAAUCAUAAUGGACCUGAAUGAACUCUCAAGACAAUAUCCUUUGAGAUUUUCCUCACAGAAAUUUCAUAGUCACCCUCUAGAGGAGUAUUGUUUUCUGAAUACUUCCAGAGAUUAAUCAAGCAUGAAGAUCCAUUGUCAGAAGAUGUCUUUAAGAUGCAUUUCAGAGGUCCCUACUACUUUUGCACAUAUACUUUUAGAAAGAAAAGAACAGAAAGAGGAAACUAGGAGAUAUUUUGAGAAAAACUGAUAAAACUCUUAAAUGACGUACAACCACUAAACCCUACAGAGGUAUCAGUUAACUGUGGAGAGAUAACCCUCUCCCCUUUCAAAAUGAGCUAGUGGGCGCAGAAGAAAGCUCGUGAUCAUUUGCUUUUAUUCUACUUCCUGUGCAGACGGACAAAUUCAGCGAUAAGUUCUGAAUAAUACAUGGAACAUUAAAUAUUUCCUUCAAAGCUUUGGUGAAGGAGAUUGAACAUGGUAUCUUUUAUUAUUCUAAAAUGUUCUUUCCUAAACUCUAUUCCUUAGAACACUCUUCUGCUGAGAUGAACGAAGACCAAAAGCGUUCUUUGAUAGAUUCUUGAAAAGUGAUACUGCACUUUCACAUAUCAUAUGCUUUGAGGAGUCUAGCAGUAAAGAAAUUUACUUGAAUUUCUUUAAACUGGGCUUCCUAAUUAUUUGACCAUGGAACCCUUUUGUUAAGAGCAGGGGAAACCUUUUGCUAUCACAAAUUUUAGGGUUCUACAAAGCACAACUUGGGUAACAGUAUUCUAAAGGAUAUACCUAGUAUUUUCACGUAGAGCACAAUCUAGUGAUCACACUUCAUUUCACUAUGGAAAUAUGUUACUGACCCUGUCUUCAUCUGACUGGUAUGAGAUAUCGAAGGCAAAACUCUGACACCUGUGGUUUGCGUAUACUUUUGCUCCCAUUCAUGCAGUUAUCCAUUCAUUAAAUAAUAUGGAGCCCCCAUAUCUUCCUUGCCACAAUGUUGGGUCCCAUAGGGAGAUGAAAAGUUGGAUAAGUUCUGCCCUCAGGGAUUUUAAAGUCUAAUUUGGGAAUGGGUAUAGGGAUGUGGGUGUGUAGGGGAAGGAAGUAAAUUGGCAAAUAGGUAUAAUACAAAGUAGGAUGUCUUGAGUUCUAUAUGACAGUGGGUUUUGAAAAUUACUUUUAAUUUGCAUCACAUUUAGAAAAUAUCUUUAUUUGGCUAUUCCAGACAAUCUAAAUUAUAUAAUAAGUUUUAAAAGUGCAUAUGUGGAGGGAUUUUAAAAAGAGCUAUGUGAAGGAGUAGUCUUGCUUAUGCUUGUUAGUUUGAUUUCUCAUAGAUUGUUUCUGCAUAUAUGAGAAUGAAAUUAUUUAUUUACUAUGGUCGUACUAUAGUUUCAAAUAAACAAGAAUAAUAUUUCCCGUUUUAUUCAUUUAUGUUGGGUAACUAUACUUAUUUAAUUUUUAGGAGAGGAUGUUUUAACAUUUUCCUUGACAUAAUGUUUUGUAAUCUAUUUGAAAGUGUCUGAAUAUAAUUCCAUAUUUUUAUUAGUUCAACUUUAACUUUAGAGAAAUCUGUACAUUUUGAGAUAUUUUUCUUGUUUUUGUGUUGGUUAACUAUAACUCCUAACUGAAUGGUCUUAUAUUUUUUAAGAAAAGGGGUAGGUUAACAGAAAUGACAAGGAAAACUUAAAAGUUCUAAUUAUUCCUUGACACUCAACAUGAUUAUAAGUAGAAAAGACUCACUUAGAAAAAUAGGAUAAAGUUUAGAGCAUAAGGCAAAUUUUCUGUAUAUACCUAUGCUGUCAAACUUCUUAUUCUUUGUUUUUGAUGGAGUCUUAUUGUAUAAUAUUUAUUUCUUUUGAAUUGUGUUAUAAGCAAAAAGUACUCUUCCUAGGCUCAAAGUGUCAGUGUUCUUUGCUCCUUUCACAUACUUUGGCUUUGGGUGUAAUAUAAAGCUUGGGAAAAUGCUGUUUAUGAAAUUUCAGUACUGUAUAAAAUGGUGAUGGAGUUUGUAUGCAGCAUCACUUCCUUAAAAUAAGGGAAACAUUGUUUGUUGUCAAUAUUUCAGCAUGAACUUGUUGCCUUAUAAGCUAUGCAUUUAAGUGUGUAAUUGGUACAGAUUCUGUUGUGUGCUUUCUUCUAUGUCUGAAAUAUUUGGCAUGUCACAUCUAGAAUUCUUAAUUUAUGUUCUGACUUGAAAGUUAAGUGAAACAUGACUGUGUCGUGCACUAUUUUAGGCGUAGCACUUGUUUUUCAUCUUUAUACUUUCAAUUAACUUUGCAUUUUAAAUUUCCAUGAUUGUAUGAAAAUAGUAACCCAAUCGCAGUGUCUGAAGACUUCCAAAUCAGCUUUUGUUUUAAAAUGAAAAUCUACAAUAUAUUCAUUAGGUUAGAAGUUCCAUAAUAAUUUAUUAUUUUUAAUACUUCUACUUUAGUAGAAUUAUUAAACAAAACAAAACUACUUGUACUAUGCUGGAAUUUUGCCACCAUGUGACUUACUGGGGCAGAGAAAACUCAGGACUAUCUAGAGUUUAUGCAAGAGUACCAAGGAACCUACUUAGCAAAUCACACGAAAGCAGGGAGCCCACGUUUGCCAUUAUGCAAAAUUCAACUUAAAAUUGCUUGGCAGAGAAUAGUUUUUGAUUACUUAUUUAAGAUAAAUGUGGAAAUGUAUUUUGUUUAAAUAAAUUUAUUUAAAAUAUGAUCAUUUUAUUUCCCAUCGGGAAAUUAAGAAAGUAACAGUAGCAAAUGAGUAAAGCUGAUGGCAGUUGAUGUCUUCUGUAAUCAUUUCGUUAAAUAAAUUUACAAAAACAAAAUUUUAAGUUACUUGGAAAUGGUUAGGAAUUAGUAUCUUAAAAUGGUAUCGUUGUGGUUUUAGAAGAUAUUCUAAAUAUCUUUUCUUUUGUGAAACAUACUGUUCUCUGUUGGACAAUGCUUUGUUUGAGGUCCCUCCACAAGCUUCUACCUACAUGGACUUUAUGUACUAUUUAGUGAAGACAGUAAUCUCUUUGCUCCUGAGGGCCUCCUCCAAACAGAAAAAAAAUCAGUUGGAAUAUAAAAAUUUCAUAAAAAUAUUAAUAUUAAAUAGAAUGUCUAUAAUAUAGUUUUUCAAAGUGUUUUAAUGCAAAUUUUCUGAUAUUUGACUUUUGUUUUUUCCUCUAGCUUUUCUUUUAUGUUUCAUUAUUUCUCUUACCUCCUUUUAAAACAUUUCCUCACUCUUUUAAAAUUAUCUUUAGUCUCUAAUUUUAAGAAUAACCAGCUAUUAUUUAACCUAAUCAUUCUAGUGUUUAGCCUUCUAUGAAAGAGAAUCCCUUGGUGGUCUAGAUUAUUUCAGAUGUGUCACACACAGAAACAAAAACCAGAAUUUGGAAAUUGUAAAGGAUAUAAGAGACUUUACAAUUCAAUUUCUAUAUUUUAUAGAUGAAGAAACCAAGGAUCAGAGAUUAAAUGACUGCUGGUUAUUUGCAGAACUGACAGGAGCACUGAAUGGUGACACCCACCGCAGUGCCCUCCCAUAUCCAACGUUUACUAAUUAAGAAAUAAUUAGCAUACAUCGUAACCUACUUUGAAUGUACACGAACAUAAUGUGCUGUUUAAUGGUGAUGAUCAAAUCCCACUUCUCUUUUUAUUUCUGCUAAAAUAGUUUGCUCACUCAUGGUGAGGUCAGUGAGAGAAACUAAAAUAGGCUCACGAAGAAUUGUGAAAUAUUUGCCAAGUUAGGUAGGCAACUAUUGGAGUGCUGAAUAAAAUUUAGGAAUUGUGAGAACAUAGAAUUUCUUAGUGCAAGUAAUGGUAAGAGACUCUUCAUGACUCUUUUCCCCUCUUAGCUGUAGGAAUUGUUCUGUCUCUUUAUGCGUUGGAACAGGAGUGAAAGGUGAUUUGGUAGUUGAAUUUGGGACCAUGUCUAGUAGCGUAUUAUUUCUUCUCAUUCGUCUUAGUUUCUCAUUAGUUUAUCUUUGGCAUUCAUUUUCUUUCAGUGCAUUAAAAAAUUUUUGCAGGAUUUCAUCAACUCCAACAAUCAGUCUAUAAUUCCUGUUUGUCUAAUAUUCUUGCCCCUGUUCAGAUUGCUACACACUGGACUUCUUAACAAGAUUUUAAUUUCCUAUACCCCUGUAUGAAAGAUUUCGUCUCAUGCCUCCUCCAGUAAUUUUUCACUUGUCACGAUGAAGAGGAUAUUCAUUAAUGGCAGAGAAGACUUUCUUUUAAAUUUUAAAAAGACUAGCAAUCUAGUUAUACUCUAGCUUUUAGCUAACAUAUAAGAAAUGUCUACUUUUGCCUUAAUGCUAAAUUCCACUUAAGAGAUGGUGACUCGGGCAGAGAAUGUGAAAUACGUAUCCCAUAAUGUGAUUGCUAAAUUUAUUUUUGCUGUUUCAUACUAUUCCUUUGUUGUGCUUUGGCUAUCUUUUUAAAUUAAGCCGUUACAUCAUAUGGUUUGGAAGAUAAUAUUAUAUCAAAGUUAGGUAAUAAUCCCUAUUUUAAAAUCUAUCUAUUAAGAACUGCCUGGAUACUUCUUAAUUCAGUUGUAGGUUAGUACAUUUGGGAGAACAGGAGCUCUAUCUCAUCCUAGAUUUUAAUAUUUUCAGAUAUGACUAUAUUUUCUUAUCAUUUGUUCAUGUUUUCCUACAAGAAGUUUUUUCUUUCCAGAUCUAACAGUUUUAACUGCACGAUUUUUACCCUGGGCUACAUGAACCUGAAUGUUAACACAGCCCUAAGAAUCUGAAUGUAUUAGGAAAUUAGCCUAUACCCAGGGUCACCACAUCCAGCUGUGCAUGUUGUGCUCCGCACGAAAGUACUCUCAGCUGAGGGACAGGUAGGGCUGAAAUCCAACCUGCAAUUGGCUCCUCAACUCAGAAAUAUUUUUAUAUUUUGCAAAAAGCACCUUAUGUGCUUAUAUAUCUUCAGGAAAUGGCCCUGCUUACAUAUCUUCCGAAAAUGAGAAUUAAAAUUUCAAAAUAGUUCUUGACAUCUGCAGAUUGAAUAGAGAACUUAGAAAAAAAUACUUUAGAUUUUCAUCCUAGCAUUCCCAAGAGAUCAAAAGAAAUUACAUGUUUGUCCUGUUGGUUUAACUUUUUGACCCAAUCUGCAGCAAGACAUAUGGACUCUAAUUUUGAUAUCUCAGUUGAGUUUUCAUCUCCUGUGCAAACCUAUUCAUUGACUUUGCCUGCAAGGAGGAAAUUGCAUCCCUAAGUUCUGUCUAACUAAUGCAGGCAUAAAAUGAGAUUUACCAAUAUGUCUAUUUCUUCCAAUAGGCUGAAUACAAGUAAUUAAAUAUUCUAAAAAUCCAACUCUUUUUUUCCUCUUUAUAUAAAACAAGGGUAUCUGAGCCAAAAUAUUAAAUUCUAGUUCAUUUUCACGAUGACUACUGUCGAGCUCUUAUACUCUUCUGCUCCUAGACUAAAGAAAAUUAUUCAAACUUAAUCUGUGUUUCAGGUUUUAAAAUGUCCUAAAAACAGAAAAUCAGAUUCAAAUCUCAAAAGAAAAAAAGGAAUUUUGGAUUGACUUUCAAAGUACUAAUACUAAUUAUACUUUUCUUUUGGUAGUGUGACUUUUCUUAUACCUAAGAACAUAUUGUAAAUGUCAAAACCAUUGCAUUUUGACAUUGCAAAACAUGCCUUGAACUCUUGAACUACUGUGAAAAGAGUCACUGUUGUAAGGACUUAUUGUAAGCUAGCUAAUAUUCUUAAGUAUGUAAAAAGAGGUUACCUUUCAAGAGACAGGCCCAAAUGAAUGUAUAUAAGGAAUAUGAAGAAAUAAAUCAGGUUUUAAAAUAAGAAUUGGGCAAUAAAUUGUAUCAAAAAAUAUGCAGAUGGCAAUUUUAGUAGUUGCAAUUUAGUUGUUGAAGCUGAAGAGAAUUCCAAAAUCCAAAGAGAAAUGAAUGAUAUUCAGAUGUUUCAUUAAUUUCUAGUCUGUGGAAAUAUGCAUUUUAUAGUAAUAUAUAUAUAUACUUAUUUUGUUUAGAAAUAAUAGUAUUUUAGAAUUUAGUAAGAACUCAAUGAUAGCCUUCAUACCAAAAUGUUUAACUUUACCAACAACAAGUCAUAAAAGUAUUUAUUUUAAAGCUUUUUUAAUAUUAUUGCAUAACUUUCAGCUGCCUCUAGAUGUAAAUACGUAUCUGCCUAAAUGUUAUAUUUUUAUGUAUGCAUUUUCUGAAAAUGUAUUGUUUUGUAAAGUGGCAAAUAUUAUAAAUUAAGCACUCCUUGCACUUGUUUCUGUGAAGCAUAUAGAGCUCUA